CCCGCAUCGACAGCACUUCCUCGUCGGCUGAAACGGAUUUUCGAUCGCGAUCUCCUGAAAACGCCGAAGAAUGACGGACGUUAUCGCUGAAGAGUGAGCGGCGCGUGCUGAAAUUAGUGGAAUGCCGCUGAAUUUUCUUGUGGCUUGUUGACACUAUUAUGUCGAAAAAUUUUGGUGGAAUAGGAACUUUGAAAAGUGUCGUUUGACUUUAGGUGAAUCCGCCCGAAAACAUGCGAAAAGAGGUUUCCCCAGAAACCCGAUACGAUUCCAAAACGAUGACAUGAUCUCAUCAAUCCUGUCGCUCACGACGAGUCCAGCAGACAACCUCACCACCUUCACGGAGCUGAACACCACCACCUCGCACUACCUCUACACCUCUUCCGCAGUCGUGGACGUUUACAACGGCAGCAAUGUCACCAACGCCACCGAGGGUAUGUACCCGGUGUUCCCCAGCUAUAUCCGCACCACGUCCAUGGUGUUCUGCAUCGUCAUCAUGUGUCUGGGAGUCAUUGGCAACGUGAUGGUGCCCAUCGUCAUCUUCAAGACGAAGGACAUGCGCAACAGCACGAACAUCUUCCUGGUGAAUCUGAGCGUGGCAGAUCUGAUGGUGCUGCUAGUCUGCACGCCUACUGUGCUGGUUGAGGUGAAUACCAGGCCUGAGACAUGGGUGCUAGGAAGGGAGAUGUGUAAAGCAGUCCCCUUUGUUGAACUGACAGUAGCCCAUGCUUCGGUAUUGACAAUACUGGCAAUCAGCUUCGAACGCUAUUACGCAAUAUGUAAACCUCUGAAAGCAGGUUAUAUUUGCACCAAAGCUAGAGCCUCUCUUAUCUGCCUCUUGGCUUGGUUCAUAGCAGCAGUAUUUACAAGCCCGAUGUUCGGAAUAGCAGAAUUCAAACACGUCGAAUAUUUCGACGGCUCCAGAGUCCAUGCCUGCCACACACUGGCCAACACAUUUUGGUCCGCCCUGUACUUCCUCAGCAGUAUAUUCCUAUUUUUCAUUAUCCCCCUAGUCGUCCUCCUAGUGCUGUACUUCAUAAUCGCAAGAAACCUGAUGUCCAAUGCAGCGACGCUAGUACUGAACAAGCACAUCGACAACUACUCCAUAAGAGCUCGAAGACAAGUCAUAUUGAUGUUGGGAACAGUAGUGUUGAGUUUUUUCCUAUGCCUCAUACCGUUCAGGGUUUUCAUCUUUUGGAUAAUCGUCGUACCAGAAGAACACGUGUUCAGAUUGGGAGUCGAAAAGUAUUACAAUAUUUUAUAUUUCUGUAGAAUAAUGGUUUAUCUGAACUCAGCAGUGAAUCCUAUUCUUUAUAAUUUGAUGAGCUCGAAAUUCAGACAUGGCUUCGCUAUUUGUUCAGAGACCAAAAGGAAACUGUUCAGACGAUCCAGGAAUGGUACUACCAGUACAACAGCUACAAGGAGUAGCAGCACCUUCAGGAAUAGCAUAGACAGUUACAAUUAUAGGGUCUGUUACAGACCUAGAAACAAUUCUGUUUUGAUGAAGAAUUAUAGUGAGUCUCCCGACUCUAAUAGGAGCGUUGAUUCGCAAUCUCAUAUUUUGAGAGAUGUGUCUAAAAGGAGCAAAUCAUUAAAAAACACCAGUAUUGAUGAGGAAUACGAUGAUUCGGAUAUAACAACUAGUAAUGACCUUCAGAAUUACCAUGUUUUCACAGAAAAAGUAUUGAUUUAUGGUCAAAACAAAGAUCUUCAACAUUUUUACCAUAGUGACUGCUGUGGUGAGGAGAUAGAACAUAUUGAUCUACGUGAAAAAUUCAUGAGAAACAAGCAAUCACAAGAAGAAGAGAGCUUCGUUUGAUACUAUGUAACUCUUACAUCUUCCUGAACAUGGUUACUAUGAGACACAAUGUUACUAUAUUAUACACUUUGACCACGGAAUAGCUUGCCAUAAUUAUUUAUUUUGAUUGUAUUAGUUCUAGUGCAUUUGAUGUACCAAAGAUCAGUGUAAGUUAGUUCUUAAUAAAAGUUUACUCUA